AUGUUCACUGCUAGCGGAAAAUUCCACGACAACGAGGACAAAAACUAUGAUAUUCAACCGCAUUAUAUGAACAACAUUACUGCCCCGCCCCAUUGCGAGGUCGGAAUUUCCGCCUGUGGAAAAUUAGGUUCGAUGGAUGGUACAGAAGGCUUUAUCGAACUCUAUGAUGGACAAACCAAGAUCUUUAAAUUGUUUUGGAGUGAUCCUUUCGUCGGGGGCAAUGACUUCCAAAUUCAGGAUCAUGAGAUUGACGGGAGAUAUCAUAUAGAUGUUCACCCUUGGAACCAUGAUGAUGGAGCUUUGGGGAGAGUGAAUGUGGAGGUUUUUAAGAGAGGUUAA